UUCCGCCUCCUCCGAUUUCCCUCUUUGGACGUCAUGGCCAAGUUUUGCGGGCUGCUGUGCGGUUUGGCGCUGGGCCUCCUGGGCUGGAUGGGCAUCUUGCUUGCCACCGCCAGCAACGACUGGCUGGUCCUGUGCCGGCACAGUCAACUGGCCACCUGCAGGAUGUUCGACAUCGUGAGGACCAAAGGCCCCUGGGCCGAAUGUUCCUCCAGCGUCUCCAACGGCAUGCAAACUUGCUUACCUUUCCAGAUUUUUGACCUGCCCGUUUACGCCCACGUGACCCGCGCCCUGAUGGUCACGGCUUCCAUCGUGGGCUUGGUUGCCGUGGUGAUGGUUGCCGUGUCGCUGCCCUGCAUCCGCCUGGGUAGCGGCGCCCAGACUUCCAAGAACAAGAGCGCCGCCGCUGGCGGAGUCCUCCUGCUCGCUGCCGGUUUCUGCGGGCUGAUUUCGACGGUGUGGUUCUUCAUCAGCGAGAACCUGAACGAGCAGGUGAUGUCCUUCGGCUUUGCGCUGUACGCCGGCUGGGUGGGCGCGGUCUUGUGCCUUUUGGCUGGCGUCAUCCUGACCUGCUGCUCCUCGCCAACGCCGCCGUCCCGCCCGUACCAGGACAACGGCAGAGUCUACUUUUCCAAGAUGGCGGCGGAGAGCGCGCCGAGCGCCGCCGCCCCCACCCCCGCCGCCGCGUCGGCCUCCUCGAAGCACACCAAGAGCGUCCACGUCUGAUGAGGUCAAAGGUGAAAUCAAUUGUGAUUUUUUUAUUUUUUAUCCCCCCCCCGCCCCCCUUGGCUUUCCCCCGGCGUAGGUUUUUAUUCAUCACCUUCUUGCUUGGCAUUUUCCAAUCAGAAAGUGCGUAAAUGUUGAAAGCGUCAAAAAACACAUGCCAAAGACGGACAGAUUGUUUGGCCACGGCACACUUUUACAUUUUGCUCACACGGACACACAGUCGGUCUCCCCUCAAGUUUUUCUUUGUGGUUAUUUAUUGUUUGUACGCUCUCUUGUUUGGAUUUUUGAUAAUAAAGUAUUUGACGAACUCUUA